CCCGGCUCACGGACACCUGCGCCGCCAUCUCCUCUCGCCCGCUGAGCCCACCCCUGGCGGCGGGCGGGGGAGGGGCUCCCUUGCAGGGGCUUUGUCCAGCAGGGCGACGACGGGGACCAUAGGAGAGUAGGGGGACUGGUAACAUCUGAACAUACCAAACCAAACAGGCAAAGACUUUCACCAUCACUACCACCACAUUUUACUACAAAGGAAUAUAACUGUAUGUGGAUUCCAAGCAGGCUAAAAAGAAAAAGAGCUGAUUAGACUUCAGACUGCCCACUGAAUGGGGAUGACGGCCACAGCUGCAGUGGGGACAUCAAAAAUGGAGAAGAGUUCCUCCAAGGAAGAGAAACAACAAUCUAAGCAGGACAGGAUGGAGCAGAGCAAUGCUGAUUCUGAAGAGUGGAUGAACUCUGAGAAUGAACCUGAACAGAUGAGACUUAAGAACAGUAACAAUGACAAUAGCUAUGGAUCUGGGGAUGCUCAGUUGAAAAAAAAGGAUAUUCCCGCCAAGCCACACCGUCAGCUCUUUAGAUCACCCUGCUUAGAUCAUCCAAGCUUCUCCCAGAGCAGCAUUCUACAGGAUAGGAAGCUUGACUUGGAAAAAGAAUACCAAGCCAAGAUGGAUUUUGCUCUAAAGCUGGGCUAUGCAGAGGCACAGAUUCAAUCAGUAUUGAACAAGCUGGGCCCAGAAUCACUUAUUAAUGAUGUAUUGGCAGAGCUCGUCAGGCUUGGGAACAAAGGCGAUUCAGAAGGGCAGGCCAGUUUCAGUUUGUUAGCACCUAGGGGUCCCAGCUCUAGAGAGAUUGCAAGCCCUGAACUGUCUCUUGAAGAUGAAAUAUACAACAGUGAAAAUUUGAGGCCAGUUGUCAUAGAUGGAAGUAAUGUGGCAAUGAGCCAUGGGAAUAAAGAAGAAUUCUCCUGCAGAGGAAUACAACUUGCUGUGGACUGGUUUCUAGACAAAGGCCAUAAAGAUAUUACUGUAUUUGUGCCUGCAUGGAGAAAGGAGCAAUCCCGUCCUGAUGCACCAAUUACAGAUCAAGAGAUUCUACGUAAACUGGAGAAAGAAAAGAUUCUUGUCUUCACACCAUCCCGAAGGGUCCAGGGCAGGAGAGUUGUCUGUUAUGAUGACCGGUUCAUAGUGAAAUUGGCUUUUGAUUCCGACGGCAUCAUUGUAUCUAAUGAUAACUACCGAGACCUUCAAGUUGAAAAGCCAGAAUGGAAGAAGUUUAUAGAGGAGCGGUUGCUGAUGUAUUCUUUUGUGAAUGACAAAUUUAUGCCUCCAGAUGAUCCUUUAGGACGCCAUGGCCCAAAUCUUGAAAAUUUCUUGAGAAAGAGACCUGUUGUUCCAGAGUACAAGAAGCAACCAUGCCCUUAUGGCAAAAAAUGCACUUAUGGCCACAAGUGCAAAUACUACCAUCCGGAGCGGGCCAACCAACCACAGCGUUCGGUGGCUGAUGAGCUCCGCAUCAGUGCCAAACUGUCCACAGUGAAAACCGUGAGUGAAGGCACCCUGGCCAAGUGUAGCACAGGGCUGUCUAAUGCCAAAGGUGAAAUAACCUCCGAAGUCAAACGUGUGGCCCCCAAGCGCCAAUCGGAUCCCAGCAUCCGGUCCAUGGCUGUGGAGCCUGAGGAAUGGCUGUCCAUUGCCCGUAAGCCUGAGGCCAGCUCUGUCCCCUCACUUGUGACUGCCCUAAGUGUCCCCACAAUCCCACCCCCCAAAAGCCAUGUGGUGGGUGCACUCAACACUCGUUCAGCCAGCAGCCCAGUGCCAGGAUCCUCUCAUCUCCCCCACCAGAAGGCCUCACUGGAACACAUGGCUAGUAUGCAGUACCCUCCAAUCCUGGUUACCAACAGCCAUGGGACACCUAUUAGCUAUGCUGACCAAUACUCAAAGUUUGAGUCCCUGGGGGACCACAGCUACUAUUCAAUGUUAGGCGACUUCUCCAAACUGAACAUCAACAGCAUGCAUAAUCGAGAGUACUACAUGGCUGAAGUAGACCGAGGGGUGUAUGCCCGGAGUCCCAACCUCUGUCCUGACAAUCGUAUGAGCCAUACCAGGAACGACAACUACUCCUCUUACAACAACCUGUAUUUGGCUGUAGCUGAUGGCCAUCCUGAAGGCAAUUUAAAGCUGCAUCGCUCAGUAUCUCAGAACCGUCUUCAGCCUUUUCCUCAUGGUUACCAUGACGCCUUAACACGAGUGCAGAGCUAUGGCCCAGAGGAUUCUAAGCAAGCCCCCCACAAGCAGUCAGUUCCCCACUUAGUUCUACAAGCCCAGCACCCAGCAACUGGAGCAUGUUCAAGCUGUCCUGGAGACUACCCCAUGCCUCCUAAUCUCCACCCUGGGGCAACCCCCCAGCCAGGACGUGCUCUGGUAAUGACUCGGAUGGACAGUAUUUCUGAUUCCCGCCUCUAUGAAAGCAACCCAAUGAGGCAAAGAAGACCUCCCCUGUGCCGGGAACAACAUGCCAGCUGGGACCCAUUACCCUGUACAACCGACUCCUAUGGCUAUCACUCCUAUCCCUUGAGUAACAGCCUCAUGCAACCAUGCUAUGAGCCAGUCAUGGUACGGAGCAUGCCUGAAAAGAUGGAACAGCUUUGGAGGAAUCCUUGGGUUGGAAUGUGCAAUGAUACCAGGGAGCAUAUGAUCCCAGAGCACCAGUAUCAGACUUAUAAGAACCUCUGCAAUAUUUUCCCUUCAAACAUCGUCCUUGCAGUGAUGGAAAAGAAUCCCCACACAGCAGAUGCCCAGCAACUGGCAGCCUUGAUUGUUUCUAAGCUUAGGGCUGCACGUUGACAUGACACAGGACUUAUUCCUUUAUACAUAUAUAAAUAUUCAUACUAAUAAUACAUCAAUGCUAAGAUAAAAGUAACCAAUAAUUUUGUGUUGCGCUUUACAAGUUAUAGUGUUUCUGUCAUUUGAAGCGCAAAACAACCCUGUAAAGUAAAUUUUACUAAUCUUAUUUUCUAUAAAAGGAAACUGAAUCUCAUUGUGAUUAAGUUACUUGCCAAGGUCACACUGCUAGCAAGUGACCAAAUCAGGAUUCACACUCAAGUCCUCUGACUCCAAGUCCCAUGCUUUUUUGCUCGGCACCAUGCGGAUAAUGGAGGACAAAACUCAUGAGGAGAGAUCUAAAAUCAAGAAACUCCCAAAGGAUUCCAUUAUCAAUGUUUUCUUAGUUGCACAUUCUAUAUUACAAAGUAUUGAUAAUAUUUCUAAUUUAGAGAGCAAGAGCAUCUGGAUCAAAUCAUAUAUUGAAUUUACCUUUUGGGAUUUUUAAUAGGAUAUUUAAAGCUUUUAAAAAGUAAAUACAUAAUUUAUUGCAUGAAUAUCUGACCAUUCAAUAUCUUUAUUAACCAAGCUAUAGGGUCACAUCAAAGCUCUAGACCUAUAUUUCAAACCUAUUGUUAGCAAUUAUAUUGCAUGCAUAACUGUAUGUAUUUAGUUUGAGAUGUUUAUGUAUCCCCAUAUAACCUUUUAUAUAGUGAUAAUGAGAAGAAAAGCUCUGCACAGUCCUUAGUCUACAGCUGUAUAGAUCAUGAAUCUAACUUGAUUUUAUGUCACAUUUCAUAGUUUCAACUAGUUCUGAAAGUGAAAUUACAUGCCAAUAUUUGAAUAUUGUUUUCUUAGGCACCAGAGAAAACUAACUGUAUUUCCUUUGCACUUUUUACUUGUCAACACUGACAGUUCUUAGCUUUUACGUCUCUUCACUUUAGCAAAUUUGGGAUCAGAUUACAGCUUUCUUCUUCAGAGGAGCUGAUGGACAAGCAUAGCAGGUGUGUGCUAGACAAGCACAGAAGAGUUUGACAAGGAUGAAGGGAUUUACUACCAGACUCCACUUCCCUUUUCCAAGGAGAGAUGGCCAAACUCAUGCAGCAUUAAAUGAUGAACACAAAGCUGCACUCAAGGAGGGUCUAAUGCAUACCCUUUAAACUUAUGACCUAUGCAGUAUUCAACAUCACAGGAUAAAAUGUAAUGGAGGAUGGUGCACAGCCAUGUAAUCCACUUUCUUCUGCUGUCCACUCUUUGGGCAAUAAGGUGGAUCAUUAGUGGAACAGAAUUUCUUUAGGAAACAAAACCAGGGGAUUUUCUAAGUGGAAAAAGGCAGCUUACAAAAGGGGAUGCUACAUCUUUGCUAAUAGCUGGUUCAGUUAUGCACUUUCCCUUAAAAAUUCUUAAAUGCAUCACUAAACACACAGGAUUUUGGAUUGAGCAGCACCAUUUGCACAACUAGUAUCUUUCUCAGGGUGGAAACCUUUGUAGCUAAAUGCCUCUUGCAUUUAUUGUUUUUGGUUUUUUUUUAAGCAGUACUAAAUGAACCCCUUUUUAAAUCCAUUGCAUACUUCAACAUUUUGAACCAUGACCUGCUAUUUCUUGAGCUGGAAUUUGCUAAUUUCUAUGUGUUUUGUUUUGUUUUUUCAUGAAAGUUGAGGUGGCCUGGUUUUGGCCUUUUGUUUCUUCAUGAGAAGGUGUGACUGCCUAUAAAUUUUCUUACCAUGAAGCACUCCGCAUGUGAGGCCAUAGUCAGGGUUGUUUCUGGUGGUUUGAUAAUGGCUUGAAUGCUGCUUUUUGGUUUUCUGUCACUGUUCUAGUUGAUCAAAACUGCACCUCAGCCAGCAUUUCUCUUCAGUUAACCACAACUUCAUAUUCAUCUCCUAUCCUCUCUGGUCUUCCCAUUCCCCAGCAUUUUGAGUGGUAAAAGUAUUUUCUGUCAGGUAGAAAAUAGAGAGUGACAGUCGCCACUGAAGUGCUUGCUAUUUCACACAAAUACCACUUCAUUCCUUCAACUUCUUGGACCUUCUAAAUUGGCACCAUGUCUAAAUCAGGGUAUUUGACACUCUUAGAUGACUCUACUGCCUUUCUGCCAGUUAGUUCAUCUUCCUAACAAAAUCAUCAAUAGGAUUAAAGUAUACACUAGCUGCACAAUUUACGGGGAAGCACAAGAUUAAUCUUGUCAGCUGCAAUUUAUCUUGAACAUGUUCAUGUUUAGUACUCAAAAACAUUGUAACCUUCUCUCAACACAGGAAAUACUUAAGGCAGUGUAUGUAUUUUUUAUUUUCCAAAAGCAAUUGUCAUUUUUCUCAUAAAAUGUUUAUGAACCAAAGCAGCUAAAAGCAAUGCCUCAAAUAACCAGAAAUGACAUUUUGUUGAUACAAAUUGUAUCUCUUUUUUUCCUGAUUGUAUAAAAACAAAUGUACAAAACUCAUAUUAAACUAAGUUCGAUACUGACUUUUCAUCAUAAUGUUUGUGGCACUGUGUGUCACAAGAAAGCAGCCUGGUCAUGAGGGAGCGAUUUCCAAAUAGUAGCUUAUAGACAAAGACUAUUUUUCAAGGUUUCUUUAUUAUUAUGCACACAGCUAUUAUGUGUGCAGUUUCAAGCACUAUGUUGCAUAAGUUUUCUUUAGCUUAUUAAAUUUAAUAUGUCCCUGCAAAAGGGAUUUUGUGUAAAAAGUGUGUUAGUGAAUAAUCUGCAAGAAUCUAUAAAUGGAGCUGUACAAUUCUGAAUGCAUAAAUCUAGUGUGGUUUUUAGUGAAGUUAUUAGAGAACUUUUUUUUAUACUGAGGUCUGUAUACUUCUUGACUUUUCCAUUUUGUCUUUAAUUAUAAAACAACAAAUACAAAGAAGAAUUGGAACUUCCUCAGCUCUCUUGAUAAUAAAGUCAGGCUUCCUUCCUAGGGUUAAGCAUAUGUCCUUCAGAAUAAUUACCUCCAAACACUCAGCAGAGUUACUACACAGUGUUUUGUGUGGUUUUUCAAGGAACAGUGUAUUUUGCAAGAGGUGCUUUGUACUUUUAAGUUUUUUCACUGAGUUACUGAACUCCUAGCAAGUCGGUGCCUGUUCAAACCUUAGAUUUUGUAAAUUUUGUGAUUCUUUUUUUGUAAUUCUGUUGUUAUUUUUAUUUCAAUCUGAAGAAGUGUGAUUCUGGAGUGGUAUGGUCAAUCCAGGCACCAGAGCCUUUUCAAAGGUAACAUUACAGCCAUUGCACUCUAUCUUAAAGUACAAGGUAUGGAAGGGAGAAUGACAGAUACCUUAUGCAAAGGGUCUAUAAAACUUUCCCUCUAAUAAUAUAAAUAUAAAGUACACACACACACUGCUAGUUUUCAGAACACUUUGAAUACCCAUUUUUUUCUAUUUUAAAACAAAUUAUCUUUAUACGGUAAUUCAAACAUUGAUAACCAUUAACCUUUGGCACUGAGCUUUCUUCUAACACAGAAGAGUUCAUUUUGAGAGGCACUUAGUUACUGUUCUAUCUAUGCUGUAAGUGUGGGACUUUGUAUAAAUGCCCUUUUUGAGGGCCAACAAUUUCAAUACACUUUUACUCUGUGACCCAGGUCUGACACUGCACAGAGAAAAUAAUGUUAAGCUAUCCAAAGAGCCCUGCUCAGGUUUCCUCCUAACCCUUCUCUGCCUUCCCCUAAUUUUCUUCUCCUCAGGUCUAACACUGAGGAGGGCAUAGUCUUAAACUGAAGUGGCACUACAGUUAGUUCUCAAUGGAAACCAAACCAGUUCAUUUUGGGAAACGGCUUGCCUAAAGUAGUCGAUGCUUUUGAAAAGACUUAGCAUAUUCAAUGUCUAUCAUAUUGUAGCUAGCUAUAUACAUAGGCAGAUUGACUAUUUCUAGUCCUGGUUUGUAUAUCACUGAGCUAUAGUACUUUGCUUUAUCCAUUUGUGGGAUUAAACAAUACUGUUUAAUGGUUGUAAACUUUUAUAAAACCUCUUUGGGUUUUUUGUUUGACCCAAACAUAAUGUAAGUCUCAAUGACAAAAUACACAAAGCCACCCAGAGUUGAGUGGAAAUAUAUCCUGUCCCCAGUUUUGUCUACCCCUAUAAUGCAGGUGCAAUGCUUUGCAAUGUUCUCACUAGCAUGAAUGUGCUAUACUCCUUAACGAGGUUUUAAUUUGUUUCACCUAUAAUCAUGAUUGAAAAUGCUGUAUCAUUGACAACAAUGAACUGUUACCACACUUAUUUUCUGCAUAAACUAUUUGUCUACUAACUACUAAUGCCUGUGUUUCUUUAAGAACAUCAACAACAAAAGCCAUAUUACACCUACCUAUACACACUCUAGUUCACUUCUAAACUUAAAUUUCUAUCCUUAGGGAAUUUAAAUAAAAACUUGAAACUACAAAAAAAAUUCUGUCCUUGGAACUUGCAUCUUGAGAUAAGCUGUAAGGAGAGGGAUCUCUCUGAAUGAGUUCAUCUGAAUUUUAUCACAAUAAGCAUAUGCCUUCUUCUAUCUUUGUAUACUAAC